CCCUCUCAGAGUGGGAGGAGCCCUCCGAGUUUCAGGAAGAGCUGAGCACCUGUUGGAGUGAGAGUCACAUCAGAGAGGAGGAAGAAGAGAGCUUUCUGCCACAGACAAACAUGAGUAUCCGCUCUACAGGAGUCCUCUCGGAGGACCAGUUCACCUGCUCCAUCUGUCUGGAGGUGUUCUUGGAGCCCGUCUCCACACCCUGCGGCCACAGCUUCUGCAAGGCCUGCCUUCAGGGCUACUGGAACCACAGCAAGAAGUUCCUGUGCCCCAUGUGCAAGAAGGCCUACAACAGGAGGCCGGAGAUGAGCGUCAACCGGGUUCUGGCCGAAAUAUGCUCCCAGUUCCAGGGCCUGACGGUUGCGGGAGGUUCUGCGGGGAGCCCGUCACAGAAGGGCUCCAUAAAUGCAGGCUCAGAUGCGGGUCACAGUGACACUGCAGGGCCGGAUACCGGCGAGUUUGCCCAGCCUGGAGAGGUUCCCUGUGAUGCCUGCAUUGGAAGGAAGUUGAAGGCGCUGAAGUCCUGUGUGAACUGUGCCGGAUCUUUCUGUGACUCUCACCUGAGACAUCACAAGAAGGUCAAGACUCUCCACUCACACCGUCUGAUCGAGCCCACCUUCAACCUAGCCGAGAAGAUCUGCAAGAAACAUGAGCGUCUUCUGGAUCUGUACUGCCGCACGGACCACAUCUGCAUCUGCAGCACCUGCGCUGAGGCCUCGCACAAGUCCCACGACAUGACCUCCAUCGACCACGAGUACAAGAAGAAGACGAGUAAUCUGGGAAAGAAGCGGUCCGAGCUGAAGCAUCUGAUCAAGGAAAGAUCUAAGAAAUUGGAGGAGAUCAAACAGUCCAUCAAAGUCAUAAAGGCCAGCGCUCAGAAGGAGCUGGAGGACAGCUGGCAGGUGUACGCCGACCUGCAACGGCUGGUGGAGCAGAGCCAGGCGGAGCUGGUGGAGCUGAUUUCCACGAGGCAGCGGGAGGCGGAGCGCCACGCUCAGGAGCUGGCUAGAGGGCUGGAAAAUGAACUGAGCCAGCUGAAGAGGAGGAGCCAGGAGUUGGAGGCCCACGCUCACACCAAGGACAAAGUGGUUUUCCUUCAGAACAUCACAACGUUAUCGCCUUCACCAGAGCACACCGACUGGUCAUCGGUCAGCAUCAACACCGACCUCUACCUGGGAACCCUCCGCACCUCCGUCAGCAGCCUGGUGGACAAGUUCCAGGAGGAGCUGAAGCUCCUGUACGGGAAAGAGCUCCGGAAGGUGCAGAACUAUGCAGGUGAGGUGAUUCUUGACCCCAUCACCGCUCAGAAGAACCUGGUGGUGUCAGAGGACGGCCAGCAGGUGAAAUAUGAUGAGCGUAAGGUUCCCCACUCCGACGGUCCCAAUCGCUUCAGCCCGGCUCUCUUCAUCCUGGCUCGAGAGGGCUUCAGCUCAGGGCGCCACUACUGGGAGGUGGACGUGGCGCGCAAGACCGCAUGGACACUCGGAGUGGCCCGGGGCUCAGCACGUCGAAAGGGCGAGAUCAAGCUGUGUCCCGAGGGAGGUUACUGGUGCCUGUGGCUGAAGGACGGGGAGGUGAAAGCCCUGGCAGCCUCCCGCCUGCCACUCAUGCUGCCGUUCCAUCCCAGCAAAGUGGGAAUCUUCCUGGAUUAUGAAGCCGGACAGGUUUCCUUCUACGACGUGAAAGCGCGCCAGCACCUGUACACGUUCAUGGACAAAUUCAACGAGAGCGUGUACCCCAUUUUCAGCCCCUGCCUCACCCAUGACGGCAAAAACACAGCUCCACUUGUUCUGACGCACGUGAAGCACAGCUGAGGCCGGAGAACAGAGAGACCAUAGGUUCGGUGUUUUUGAUCAAACAAGUACGCUUGUCUGGGAAAUCUGUCACCUUUUACUCGCUUGUUUGCAAAGCCAAAAAACUUUGGAGAAUGAGCAAAACUCAUUUUGCUCUACUUUCUUAUCACACUGUGGACUGAUGUAAACACUGAAGGCAACCGACCAACUGAAUGUUUAGAAAGUGUAAUAUAUCAGAGGGAUCCAUCGUCUGCGCUUUUGAGCGAUGAAGAAAAUGGGUGAAGAAGCCUGAUGGACACAGGAACUAACUCCAUUAUUAACUCUAAUAGUCCUAACUUUUGAAGAAAACUUUACUUUUGCCAUGUUUUUCUACUGUGUAAGAUUUUAUUUAGCUGCAGCUGUCAGGCUCUUGGUCAACGCAGACACCCAUACAGGUGUCUAGAGCUCUGCAGGAGAAACCAGAGGAGCGGCUGCGGCUCGUCUUUGUGAAGGGCUUUUUUUCUAUACUUAUGGAUGUGGAUGUUUUUAUAUGAAGGAAUAAAUACUGUAGAAACUCACUGAAAUUCAUCAAUAAAGUUUAUCUAUUAGGAUGUGUCAUG